AUGGAAUCUAGCCGCUGUGAGGAUUGUCCUCCUGAACAGAUCUGCAUGAAACCCAAUCAGCCUGUCUCUGAAGACACUGGUUCUAGUGUUGGAGAAGAGGACACUGUGCUGGGGAUUAAGAGUUUAUCAUCUUUCUUGCUUUUCAAUGUUCUAAUUGUUAACAGUGAUGGCUGUGAGGUGAAGCCUUGCAGGAAAGUGGCUGUGAUUCAAUGCUGUGCAGUAACCUUGGCUUCUGUUUCCUGCGCUUCUAAAGCAGAUCUAGGAAGACGCACCUCCACUCCAGCACCCCAGAGCAAAAUCCCUUCUGAUGGGAAACUGCAGCGUAAGCAGAAACACCGAGAGUCGACACCCCAAAAUGAAUAUGUGAAGAAACUGAGAACUCGCUCGGUUCAGAAUCUUUCUGCACAAGAUAGCCGACCACUUCCUGUGGGAUAUACAGCGACUCCACAUCCCGACAGUUCUGCAACCCAGGGCAACUUCAUUUCCAUACAAACUCCCCAGCAGAUUCCUUCAGAGCAGAUCUUGUAUCACUGUACUGAAUGUGGCACCAAUUUCAGUAACCGAGGAAAGCUGAAAAAACACCAGCGUAGUCACACAAGGCAGAAACCCAAUCACUGUACAGAGUGUUGGAAGACAUUCAGACUUGCAACUGGAUUAAAACUACACCAACCUAUUCACACAGGAGAGAAACCGUUUCACUGUGCAGAUUGUGGGAAGGGUUUUAAUCAGAAAGUAUAUCUUCAAGCACACCAGCGAAUUCACACGGGAGAGAAACCGUUUCACUGUACAGAGUGUGGGAAGACAUUCAGAUUUGCAACUGGAUUAAAACUACACCAACGUAUUCACACAGGAGAGAAACCGUAUGAGUGUCCUGACUGUGGGAGGCGUUUUAAUCACAAAGGUAACCUUCAAACACACCAGCGAAUUCACAAGGGAGAGAAACCGUUUCACUGUGCAGAUUGUGGGAGGAGUUUUAAUCAGAAAGGUGAGCUUCAAAAACACCAGCUAACUCACAGUACAGAUAAACCGUUUCACUGUGCAGAUUGUGGGAGGAGUUUUAAUCAGAAAGUUUCUCUUCAAAAACACCAGCUAACUCACAGUACAGAUAAACCAUUUCACUGUGCUGAUUGUGGGAAGACAUUCAGAGGUGCAACUGGAUUAAAACUACACCAACGUAUUCACACAGGAGAGAAAACAUACGAGUGUCCUGACUGUGGGAAGAGUUUUACUCAGAAAUGUAACGUUCAAGCACACCAGCGAAUUCACAAGGGAGAGAAACCGUUUCACUGUGCUGAUUGUGGGAAGAGUUUUAAUCAGAAAGGUGCUCUUCAAAAACACCAACGUAUUCACACAGGAGAGAAACCGUAUGAGUGUCCUGACUGUGGGAGGCGUUUCAGAUACAAAUGUAACCUUCAAACACACCAGCGAAUUCACACAGGAGAGAAACCGUUUCACUGUGCUGAUUGUGGGAGGCGUUUUAAUCAGAAAGUUGAGCUUCAAAAACACCAGCUAACUCACAGUACAGAUAAACCGUUUCACUGUGCUGAUUGUGGGAAGAGUUUUAGUCAGAAAGAUGAGCUUCAAAGACACCAGCUAACUCACAGUACAGAUAAACCGUUUCACUGUGCUGAUUGUGGGAAAGGUUUUAAUCAGAAAGGUGCUCUUCAAAAUCACCAGCGAACUCACACAGGAGAGAAACCGUACGAGUGUCCUGACUGUGGGAGGCGUUUUAAUCAGAAAUGUAACCUUCAAACACACCAGCGAAUUCACACAGGAUUGAAACCGUAUGUGAGUCCAGUAUGUGGGAGGAGUUUCAGUCGAAGACGCAGCCUCAGAACACACCACAUAACCCACACUGGAGUGAAACCUUUUGAGUGUAGUGAGUGUGGGAAGAGAUUUGUAGAGUCAAAAAAACUAAAGAAACACAGUCUAGUUCACAGAGAUUCAGUCAGUCAGGACACUUAAAAACAAAAAAAACAAUUCAGUUUACUCAAUAAAAGCAUCUCAAUCACACCAGAAUACCAAAGCAGACCCUGCGUCUCUGUCGUCGGUUUCAAAUGCAGGCAACUGUGAAAAUAAACAAAUUCAACUCAAAAAAAUCCCAAGCCUGCUGUGCAUGCAAAUGAUUGUAGCCCUGUUUCCUACAGCAGUGCUUCUGAAACUGGGAGGCACAGAAUGUACUCUGGGGUUAAAUGCAUUUGUGUGAAUUAAAUGUUGGGCUACAGAAAUAGUACAAAAUAACCCAGGAUGGCAGUGGGGACAUUUUGAUUUGUAAAAUGAUAUUCAAGUGUACUUUUUUUUUCCUUUACCAGUAGUUAUUCUUGUGGAUGAACACUGUUUUCUAAAAGUAACUGACAUCCAAAAAUUAUAAACUGCACUUGGUGUCCAAAAGGUGUAUUUUGUGAAAUAAAUGCUUUAAUUUAAUAGA